GACUGAAAAGGGGGAAAAAAAUUUCCUGAAGGGUGUACAUGUCGAUGGACGCGGACAACGACUGUCCUUGAACUGUGUCAGCAGACCGCCAUCAUCUCCGUCUCCUGUGGUGGAGUUGCCUUGUUUAAGGGAAGCCAUCAGAAACAAAGUCCUCUUGCAGCUACCUAAUCGAAAAAUUGAGCUAAACGUGCAGCUCCCGCACUUGACUCUUCGUUCUUAUUCCACCCUCUAAGAGAACAAAUUACGGAUAUUCAUUGGACUAUUGAGGCCAGGCGGAUAGUGUGCACUUUCCUCAUUUGCGGUGUGAGUCAAACGUUGUUGGCCACUCGGUGAAUCUGUCAUCGUUUGAAGGGUCUGAAGCAGCACUCGCAGAGCGCGCCGACCUUUCCACUCUUUCCACCGAUGGAUACCAAGGACGCCCCGCAGCUCAUCGAGCACAUCCACCAUUCGGUGGCGUACACUCCUUUCGUAACUCGUUGGGUUCCGCAGACGGCGAAGCUUCUUAUUUUAGGGGAGACGCCCAGAGGGACGGGGAUGCUCUCUCUGUGCUCCUUAGAAGAAAGUAGUCUAUCCAUAGUCGCAAAGAAUGAAGAGCAACGGAGCAGCUUCAAAAGCGCUGUAACGUAUAAGAGCCGAUCGGGAGCGACAUGCAUCGCCGCAGGGCACCUUGACGGCUCAAUGACGCUGUGGGAUCUCGAAAACCUGCGAGAGCCUAUAACCAAAAUAAAGGCGCACAAGGCUUCAGUAAAUUCUAUCGACCUCUGUGGUCCUUCAUCGGGAAAAGCGGACGGACAACAGAGUCGGGCUAUGAUUGCCACUGGAAGUGCAGAUGGCUGUGCCAGUGUUUGGGACACGCGCGACAGCUCUGGAGAGAUUCUCUCUAUCGAACCCGCGGAAGGCGAAGAGGCCGCUGACUGCUGGGCUGUUGCCUUCGGAAAUGCUGAGAGUUCGGAGGACGACGCAGUCCUUGCCGCAGGAUAUGAUAACGGCGAUGUCAAGCUCUUCGACAUGCGUGCUGCCAGACUUAGUUGGGAUACAAACCUUGACUAUGGUGUUUGUCAUCUCCAGUUUGACCGGAAAAACAUAGUCAUGAACAAGCUCGCAAUCUCGUGUCUCGAGGGGCACCUUUUCAUGGCGGACAUGCGCACAUUUCAUCCGGAGGAGGGCUACGCCAAGAAUUCACAAAAACUUUCAGAAAGCACCAUUUGGGGAGCUCAUUUUCUGCCUCAAAACCGUGAAAUUUUCGCUACAUGUGCAGGAAAUGGCCAGCUGGCACUCCACAGGUAUUCAUAUCCGAAGCAGAGAGUCGUUGCCGAUGCGGAAACCGGUUUGGAACGAGGCGUGGUUGGCACAUGCGAACGACUGAAUGACAAGGACGCCAGCACCCAACCUCUCGUUUCAUUUGACUGGCAUCCCAACAAACUAGGUCUCUGCGCAUUCGCCUCUCUUGACCAAGCUGUCCGAGUCUAUAUUGUCACCAAACUUAAUCUCUAUUAA